CUUUUCGAAGCUUUCAUUUGUAUCUUUGGUACUGCACCCCAAACUAUUCUCACGGACAAUGAUCUCUCAAUAGCUAAUGCUAUCCGUUCUGCUUUAACUGAUAAAUAUAACACUAAGCAUGGUCUCUGUAUAUGGCAUAUGCUGAAAAACAUUAGGUCUAAUAUGACUUCUAAGAUUGGAUCUAAAUAUGAUGGGUUUCAUGCUGAUCUUAUUAAAUGUCUUGAUCAUUGUAUUAAUCAAAGUGAAUUUGAGAAGCGAUGGAGUAGUAUUAUGGUCAACAAAAAUUAUGCAGAAGCAAGGUCAUAUUUAGAAGCUCUUAACCAGUGGCAUAAGAGGUGGGCCUCAGCUUAUCUUAAAGAUUUUUUUUUUGCGGACAUGACCUCAACACAAAGAGGGGAAUCGAUAAAUAAAUUGUUAAAAGGGUUUCUUGAUAGUAAGACCACACUCACAGAUUUUCUAGCAGCUUUUGAGCGAGCACUAGAAGUUCGUGAGGAGGCGGAGCAUAUUUCCACAUAUAAAGAGCUUGUUUAUCUUUCUCAUUCAACAUCUCAAAAUCCUAUCGAAAAUCAAGCUACUAAAUCUGAAUGGAGUGCUAAAGAUGCAUACAUGUGUGUAGAAACAGAGAAAAAUAAUGAAUUGCGUCGUUUUGAAUUAUCACGCUAUGAAAGGCCUGAUAUAUUGUGUUGGGUGUCCUAUGAUGGCUGUAUACUUACUUGUAGCUGCUGUAAUCUUGAAUUUGCUAGAAUAAUUUGCCGCCAUUCUCUUGCAGUAGCA